AUGGAAAAUUUAGAGCACGAAGGAAAACGUAAUAAUGCACGAAAACGAAGAAUUUCUUUAUCAGCAUUAGAAGAACUUCAAUCUUUAGUCGAUAAAGUCAAUAUUUUGAAAUAUUCUCGUGAAAAUAUUAAUGAUGAAAUGUCAAACAGAUCAGUAAAUGAUAAUCAACAAAAUGAUGAUGUAAUCGACAACUGCGACCAAGAGGAAUUUCCAAUUACAAAGGAAAGUCUAAGUAACAUGUACCAAGAUUUUGUCUUAAGGCCAAUGUGUUCAGAAAGACACGUAAUUAGUUUACUAUAUUAUAUAUCUCUUAAAUUAGUCGAUAACACUAUAAUUCUGGAUGAGAAUAUCGUACGACCCGAUCAAAUACAAAAAGAAAUAGAUAAAGAAUAUCAAUGUUUGAAAGAGCGACUAAACGUAGAAGAAUUAUCGGCUUCAGAAAUUCAAGAAUCAAUUGAAAGAUUUUCAAUAAAUAUAAAAAAUGAAAAUUGGGAAUCUUCGAUAAUUUCAUUAAGAAACAUAUUCAAAGAGAUCAACCCAUUAGAUACAUAUAAAUUGUUUCGACUCAUUAAUAAAGUCGAAAAUACAGCAGAAUUAAUAAAAAAUAAAGAUAUUAUUUUUUUCUCGGAGGUACUAGAUCAGAAUUUAGAUCUAAAAUAUAUAAAAACUGCACCAUUUGCUAAGUCUGUAACUCAAUACAUCACAUCUGUUUCUUUCAAACCUGAAGAUGUUGGUAUAUAUAGUAGCAAUAGUAUUAUUUUGUGUGAUAGUCCAGGAUUUUAUGAUACUAGAGGACCUGAAGUAGAUAUUGCAAAUGGAAUAGGUAUUGUUAAAGCAAUAAAAGGAUGUAAAAGUGUAAAACCAGUUGUACUAGUUAGUUAUAAAAGCAGUGGUAAUAGAUAUGAAGGUUUGAAAAAUCUUACUCAUUUAUUAGCAGGAUUAAUUCCAGGAAUUAAAGAUUAUAUUCAAGCUUUCUCUUAUUUAUUUACAAAAUAUCCUGAAAACGAAAGAGAUACGAUUCAUGCAUCAUUAAAAGACAUUUAUAUAGUACAUUGA